GUUCUGGUCGUCUUCUACCUUUAGAAGGACUGAUCGAGAAAACGAUUACGGCGGAGGGGGAGAUUCGAACUUCAUCUUUCUCGUUUACUGUGGCGACUCGACACCGUUAGAUCAAUGGAAGCGGUAGAAAAAUCUGAAGAACCCAUCCCAGGCAAUUCUUCAAGAUUAGCUGGGAAUCCAAACUGGGGAACAGCAACUGUUGUUGGGGUCUUUGCAGGAUUGCUUUAUGGAGGCAGCAAAGAAGCUUCUGCUUCUGUGAGUAAAGAUGCAGAAGUGAUGUUGAAGAUGGGUAGUACACAGGAUAAGCGUGAACAACACAGGUUGAUGCGAGAUGCUAUGGAGAAAAGAUUCAUCCGAGUAACUCGUGGUUCUCUCAUUGGAGGGAUGCGUCUUGGGAUGUUCACUGCGUCUUUCUUCAGUCUACAAAACUUUUUAGCUGAGACGCGAGGAGUCCAUGAUGUUUUCAAUGUCGUUGGAGCUGGUUCUGCUACUGCUGCAGUAUUUGGACUAAUUAUGCCGGGGUCUCUUGCUUGGCGUGCGCGGAAUGUGUUGCUUGGUUCAGUUCUUGGAGCCACAGUCUGCUUCCCUCUUNCAAAUUGA